CGCGCGCCGUGGCGCGGACCGGAAGGGGUGGAGCGCGAGGCCGGAAGUCGUGGUGGAGGUUGCGGAGGGCCUUUCGUGAGUUGUGACGGCGGGUCAAGAUGUCGAUCGAAAUCGAGUCCUCCGACGUAAUCCGGCUGAUCAUGCAAUACUUGAAGGAGAACAGCCUCCACCGAGCCCUCGCCACCCUUCAGGAGGAAACUACUGUGUCCCUCAACACUGUGGACAGUAUAGAGAGCUUUGUGGCUGACAUCAACAGCGGGCAUUGGGACACAGUGCUGCAAGCUAUACAGUCGCUGAAGCUGCCCGACAAGACCCUUAUUGAUCUCUAUGAGCAGGUGGUGCUGGAGUUGAUUGAGCUCCGGGAACUAGGUGCUGCCAGGUCUCUUCUGAGACAAACAGAUCCUAUGAUCAUGUUAAAGCAAACUCAGCCAGAGCGUUACAUCCACCUUGAAAACCUUCUGGCCAGAUCUUACUUUGAUCCUCGUGAGGCAUACCCAGAUGGAAGCAGCAAAGAGAAGCGGAGAGCUGCUAUUGCACAAGCUUUAGCUGGAGAAGUCAGUGUCGUUCCUCCAUCUCGUCUUAUGGCGCUAUUAGGGCAGGCACUGAAAUGGCAGCAGCAUCAGGGCCUGCUUCCUCCUGGUAUGACAAUUGACUUGUUCAGAGGCAAAGCAGCCGUGAAAGACGUAGAAGAAGAAAAGUUCCCCACACAGCUGAGCAGACAUAUUAAGUUUGGGCAGAAGUCGCACGUGGAGUGUGCUCGGUUUUCCCCAGACGGACAGUAUCUGGUUACUGGCUCUGUUGAUGGUUUCAUUGAAGUAUGGAACUUUACUACUGGGAAGAUUAGGAAGGAUCUGAAGUACCAGGCACAAGAUAAUUUUAUGAUGAUGGAUGAUGCAGUGCUGUGCAUGUGCUUCAGCAGAGAUACAGAAAUGCUGGCAACUGGAGCACAAGAUGGAAAGAUCAAGGUGUGGAAAAUCCAGAGUGGUCAGUGUCUGAGAAGAUUUGAACGAGCACACAGUAAAGGUGUUACAUGCCUCAGUUUCUCUAAAGACAGCAGCCAAAUUCUUAGUGCUUCUUUUGAUCAGACAAUCAGGAUUCAUGGUUUGAAAUCUGGGAAAACUUUAAAGGAAUUCCGUGGUCAUUCUUCCUUCGUUAAUGAAGCUACUUUUACCCAGGACGGCCACUAUAUUAUCAGUGCAUCCUCUGAUGGCACAGUAAAGGUUUGGAAUGUGAAGACAACGGAGUGCUCAAACACCUUCAAAUCUCUUGGCAGCACUGCUGGGACAGACAUUACUGUGAAUGGUGUAAUUCUGCUGCCUAAAAACCCAGAACACUUUGUUGUUUGCAACAGAUCAAAUACAGUCGUCAUUAUGAAUAUGCAAGGACAGAUUGUAAGAAGUUUUAGCUCUGGUAAGAGAGAAGGUGGUGACUUUGUCUGCUGUGCACUAUCACCUCGUGGUGAAUGGAUCUACUGUGUUGGUGAAGAUUUUGUGCUCUAUUGCUUUAGCACAGUGACCGGCAAGCUGGAGAGAACUCUGACUGUUCAUGAAAAAGAUGUCAUUGGCAUUGCUCAUCACCCACACCAGAACCUGAUUUCCACUUACAGUGAAGAUGGCCUCCUCAAGCUCUGGAAGCCAUAAUUUGAUUUGACAAUGAAUUACAAAGCAUGCCUGUUAGUUGCAGGUUAUUGGUGUUUGUGCUUUAACAAGAUCUAAAUGCACAGAGUGUGCUAUUUGCUCAAUUUUCAGUUCAGUUUUCCAGAGAAUUACAUUUUUACUUCUUGGUUUAAAGUUAGGUAGAUUGAUGCUUAAAUAUAGCAUCAGAUAUUUUUAUUUUUACCAGAAUAGCCGAAGCAACUUCAGUGAGAGUGUUUUUUCUGUCUCCUGAAGUCUAUACUCUUCCUACAGUGUUUAUAAAAGUUAAACGAGCUAGGAACUAUACACACAAGUGGUUACUGACUUCCUAGAAUACAGUAAAAUGCUUUUUUUGAGUGAAUUACGUGGAAUAGGAAAGUUGUCUCCAUUCCUGAAACAAAAGCACAGUUUUCCUGGAAUGUAGAUGAGGCUUGUCUGCCCUCAGCUUGAAGGCAGAGGCUUUUCUAGUCCAGUGGGCUUUUUUUUCUGUUUACAGUUUUUACUGUAAUUUCCCAGUUAUAUGUAUUAAGUAAUGUCACACAGCUUCCUCAGAAUGAAACUAUUCUUCCCCACCUCCCAGCACUUCCUGUUAUAAACUGCCGAAUGUGGCAGUGAGAGAGAGUUGGUUUUUGGGAUGGUUUGGUUUUGUGUUAUAUUGGUUUUUUGGAGAGAUUUUUUUUCUUCCUUUGUUUUACUUCCAGCCUAAAAGGAAUUAUUACACGGGACCUCUUCCUAUAAGUGCAUAAUGUCUUCAGACCAGUUUUUAACUGAAUCAGGCCUCAAAGGAUCAAUGUUUUACAACAUGCAAAAGCCAGUUUACAUAGGUUGAGUACCUCGUGCUAUGAUGCAGGGCAUGCUGCAGUUGGUUUUUUUUUCCAGUUUAUUCAGUUUAGCUUCCUAUUUUCCCGACAGGGCAUGGCAUACUUAAGCUUUAAGUAAUUAUUUGUAAGAUUUUUUUAAAAAUUCAUAUACCUGUAGAUCUAGUUAAGGUGAUACUUAUGUAGCACUCUAUGAUAAAAAGAAGCUUUCAGGCUCUUCCGUUUGAAGCAGAUGAUAAUUCUGUUUGAGAUCCUGAUGAAUGCACGCUGUUGUGAAUGUACACCAGAAUCUUCUAAAGCCUGAACAUUGUUUUUUCUAGGAUGCAGCGAAAAAUGAGGUUUUUUCUGUAAUAAUGAGACAAAUGUGUAGAUUUGGAUCCACCAUACUGUUUGCUGUCUUCAUCUCUUGUAGAAUGCUUUCCUACCACUGUAAUCUUUCAAACAGUAAUAACUUCUUUGAUUUAAUAAAUUGAUUCCAAUUUAAGUAACAUGACAAUUUUUUCCAGCUGAAGGGCUUGAUCCUAAUGCAAGUAUUGCUUGUCAGCUGGUGGCUGACCUCCUGCAGCACUGACCGGUGUGCUUGAUUGGGUCUAUGUUCAUAUUGGUCUAAGGAAACACAGAAACUUUAGCUUAACUUCUGACAUAGCAUUGCUUGUUCAUAGUGUUUAGUUCUAUGUUUAACUGUAAUGUUUUAAUUCCUAAGUUGUUUUUUACUUCCUUAGGUAUGGCAAAGUUAUUUUUUAGAUAGCGAAAAGUGAUUAUUUUUCCUGCUUGAAAAGACACCGGUGCAUAAGAAACAUUUGACAGUGGCAAUUAGUACUUUUGAUACAGGAGAAGAUCUUGACAAAAUAUUUUUAUUAUCUAACUUGUGGUUCAUUUUGCCUUCAGAUUACACAAUCAAUGUAAACUGUAUCUGACAUUGUUCUGUAAAAGAAAAAUGGUUGUAGCAAAUAAAGCUGUCAGAAUCCUGAAUGUUUAAAGAUUGAAAUACAUUCUCUAGCUUAAAAACGUGAGAAAA